AUGUGCUUCUACUACGAGGCUAACAUUGAGUGUCGCGACUGCCACGAUCUGAUCGAGUUCAGGUGCCGGGUGCCCACAAAAUACGAGCUAUGCCAGGAAGCGAUAAAUAAGAGCCUGGAGUGGGGUAGGUGUGGGACUCAAACAGCAAAGCCUCAUCCGAACGUAAUGUCGAGACGAGCUUGUCGCGUUUGUGAGGGUGAGGCAAAAGAGCAAGGUAGCGACAGAUACACGAACUGGCCCGAAUACAAGAGGCAGGCAGACGAAGCCGAUCGUGAGCGCGCUGCGAAGCGACAGAGAGAAAAGGAACGCGCUCAAUACUUGCAGCAAAAUGUUUACGAAGCGACGGAGCUCGUGGACCAGGCUGGGCUCUUGUCGGGUGCUGGCGCGGGGAUGUCUGCUGACCAGGGAGGCUAUACCCACACGGGAUCUGCGACGUACUCCAGUAUUGGAGCCGAGUUCGGUGACAUUCCACAGGAUCUGGAAAUGGACUUGAUGGAUGAUGAACCUCAGCAGACCUAUGAGGACUACGGUGAGGGUUCCAGCCACGGGCAUAGCGAGGGGUACGGUGGUGGAUACAGGUAG